ACUCGCUCCUGCUUCAUUUUUCUUCUGUGCACGUUUGAAAAAAAAAUCUACUUAUAAGGAGCUAACUAUUAAUUAAGAUCUCUUUCAUCGUUCUUAGCUUUCAGUUACUCGAUAUGUCGGGUGUAUCCCUCGCGGUGGCUCCUCGAUCCGAUCCCGAUGAAACCUUCACCACGAGCACGGCCGACUCGAAAACCCAGCACCACCGUCAGCAAGAACAGACGGUGGUGGGUGGCAUAAUGGGGUCCCUUCGUGUGAUUGAACUCCAAUUGGUAGCUUUCAUUAUGGUGUUCUCAGCCAGUGGUCUGGUCCCACUUUUUGACCUUGCCUUCCCGGUUUUCACCACCAUCUACCUCCUCCUCUUAUCACGGCUAGCUUUUCCCGGUUCCACCAGCACCGCUUCUAAAGAAAUAUUCCAAGGAAACCGGGUGUUCCGAGCAUACGUAAUAUUCGGUACCACAGUUGGAUUGUUUUUACCAUUGGCUUAUGUUCUAGGCGGAUUUGCAAGGGGAGACGAACAUGCUGUCCAGUCAGCAACACCUCACUUGUUUCUUCUUUCAUGUCAGAUACUCACCGAAAACAUCAUAAGUGGCUUAUCUUUGUUUUCACCUCCGGUAAGAGCUUUAGUACCAAUGUUGUAUACUGUUAGAAGGAUCUUUGUUAUCUUGGAUUGGGUUCAAGAUGUGUGGCUUAACAAGACCCUCUCUCCAAAUGCCCAAAUCCAGGAUGUAGCAUGGUUUUGGUUUGGAAGGGGUUUAGCUGUGGCAAAUCUUGGAUAUUUUUCGAUCAAUAUGUUUGUGUUUUUGAUUCCGAGGUUCCUUCCAAAAGCAUUCGAUCAAUACUUCAGGGAAAGAAAUGAAAUCCAAAGAAAGAUCGGAGAAGACAAACAGUUUGCGGGUGUGCGUCGAGAUAAAAAGUCCGAUUAAUUCCUUGUAGCUUUGAGUAGAUGAAACAAGAAAUAGCGUCUGUCUUUAUGGGAUAUAAUUAAGUUAUGUUGGCAGUUUUGCUGGGUAUGUACCAUACGUUUAAUAGUUACAUCAAGGAUAAUUGAGCAAUUUCCUCCUUGUAUACUUGGUACUUAUAAGUUGUAAAUGAUAUUUUUGUGUUUUGA